AUGACCGCCGCAGCACUUCCCACUUCGUCCGCUGCGAACAACCAUUCCACUGAAGUCGCGCUGCUCUCCGUCCUCGCCGUCUUCAUCGUCCUCGUCCUCGUCAAAUGCAUCUACCUCAAAUACAGGCGUCUCCACUCUAUCCACCUCCUCCCCAUCUCCUACUCCCCGGCGACGACCUCGGACAACUCCCGCCCGACUUCCAUGGCGCUUUCAAUCUCUGAGAAAGUGGAAUACCAGGCUACAAGGAAUAGCUACCUCGUCGGUCUGCUCGGCUCGCCCGACUGGGAGACGCAAAUGCAGAUGCGCCUCAGCAAGCUCGCGCGCGAAGAGUUCAAGCAGAGGAACCCGCAGCUCAGGACACCGAGGACCUAUUCCGCUGUUUCUAUGAGCUUGUACUCUUCUUGCCGAAGUGAUCCGUCGCUUUUGCAAAGCCCCUCCUUCAGCGAGCUGUUUGGCGCGUCCUCUCUGACCUACUCGGCGGCUGCUUCUUCUCUGGACGUCCCCGAGGCGGCACAUGUCAAGCACCCGGCUGCCCAGAGGUCCAUGUCCAGCAUCGGCGACGCCUCUCUGUCCUCUCCUACUCUGUGCACUAGUAGCUCUUGUCACUCUCUCGGGAACCUGUCCUGUGACGCUUCUAGUUCCGCGCCUCGCUUCGUCAUCUCUAGGAUGUCCUCCCUGGUCUCCGUGCAGAGUCGCCAAUCCAUGUACCUCGAAGUCCCCGCGCCAUACCCUGCUGCUACCUCCUCGCUCGGCCAGACCAUACGCCGCCCGAUACCCCGGACCCAGUCUGCGUCUCCUCUGAACCGCGCCUCGGUCAUCGGCGAUGGGAAGCGGUCGUCCUACCACAAACCUACCGUCAAACACAAGUCCUCUCCGUCUCUCCGCUCGGCUGCUACCUCUCCCUCUCUGCGCUCUGUUGCCCCAUCUCCGUCUCUCCACUCUGUCGCCACGUCUCCCGCUGUGCGCUCUGCCGCCCCCUCUCCGUCUCUCCCCUUUGUGGCUACCUGUCCCUCUGUGCGCUCUGCUGCUGCCUCGUCCGACCACACCGACGAAGACAAAGAAAACCAAGACGCAGAAUUCGGCAAAUCUGCCCGGCCCACUGUCUCCCGCUCAGCCGUCCGGAAACGCGGCCCCGCUCGCGGGGGCGGGGAAAGCCCCUCUGUCCUGUCCAAAGCAUCCUCCCGCCGCCCGUUCGCCUCGAUCGCGCAGACGCUCAACGUCGAGCCGCUCGCGACAAUGCCAUCUACUGCCGAGGCCUCUUCGGGUUCUCCGAAGCGUGUAAGUGCUGGACGUGAAAAGGUCCCGCGGCAGCCGUCGCCGCUGAAGAGCUCCUCGAUGGAUGCCGGCGCGACGUCUGGGGCGCUGCAUGGACUGGGACUCGACCUGGACUGCUUGAGUAGCUGCGACGACGGCUGUAUAACGAUGCGCGCUUCGGAAUAG